CAUUAGUAUGACGUUAAAUCGACGUAAGAGCUUCACGCUUAUUGCAGUCGAACCAACAAUCGUCGUGAGAACGCUUCAUCAAAAAUGUACGCGAUUGAAAGACUCGUGCUGAGAAACAGCAACCCGUGCUUUGGAUUGAAAUGGUCGACUUCUUGUGUCAGUGGUAAAUCGUAUCAUAGUGAAAAUGCUGUUUACGGAUAUAAGCCGAGUCAACGAAGACACUUCGAAGUGCCAAAAAAAUAUCUGGAUGAACGAGCGAAACAGAGCAAUUUCUACAGACUAGUCAGUGCGUAUAGAACUCAUGGACACAAGCAAGCCGAUAUAAAUCCCAUUUCUACUAGCAAGCCACAGCUAUUAUCUGAAUUGCAACCAAAAAACUUUGGACUAAAUUUACUGGAUAAAGUCCGUUUUCGAGGAAUUUUGUUCACACAGCAAGAUGAAGGAACAGUGGAAGAAGCUAUUCGAUUUUUACAUGCUACCUAUAGCGGUACCGUGGGAAUUGAAUUUAGUCAUCUUGAGACGGAAGAAGAAAGGGAAUGGUUUGCCGAAAACGUGGAAACAAUUUUAGCCGAGCCAUUGAACAAUGAAACGCGUAAAAUGAUAGCUACGGAAAUGCUCAAGAGUCAGGCUUUUGACCACUUUCUAGCCAUAAAAUUUGUCAGUCAUAAGAGGUACGGAGCAGAAGGAGCCGAGAGUAUGAUGGCCUUUUUUCAUGAGUUUUUCAAACAAUGUGCCUGUGAUAAUUUGGAACGCGUGAUUAUUUGCUCUGCACACCGCGGCCGUCUUAAUCUAUUAACGGGACUGAUGAAUUUUCCACCAGAAAUAUUAUUUCGCAAAUUACAAGGACUUUCCGAAUUUCUGGACGCGACCAAGUGUACCGGAGAUGUGAUUAGUCACCUCAUAAGCUCCACCGAUCUUAAUAUAGACCAAAAAAAUCUUCACGUAACCAUGCUUCGAAAUCCAUCGCAUUUGGAAGUAGUAAAUCCCGUGUCGAUGGGAAAAACGCGAGGAGAUAUGCAAGCGAUUAAAGAAGCCGCAUACAGCGAUAAUGAAGAUGCGCAAUGGAGCGACAAAAUACUAAAUAUUCAGAUACACGGAGACGCUGCCUAUUCAGGGCAAGGGGUUAAUCAGGAAUGCUUAGUUUUAAGCAGAACGCCGCAUUUUGAAAUCGGUGGUACAAUUCAUUUGGUAAUUAAUAAUCAAUUAGGCUUCACAACUCCACCUUCCCAGGGUCGAUCGUCAAGGUAUUGCACAGAUUUAGCGAAAACUAUAUCUGCACCUGUAAUUCACGUGAACGGUGACAAUCCUGAGAUGGUUGUACGAGCUGCAAGAAUAGCCUUUAAAUAUCAAAGACAAUUCAGAAAGGAUGUAUUUGUUGAUCUAAAUUGUUUCAGAAGAUGGGGUCACAAUGAAUUAGAUGAUCCUACAUUCACCAACCCUCUCAUAUAUAAAAUUAUACAAAAUCGUGCAUCUGUACCAGAUCAAUAUGCGGAGAAGCUAGUAGACCUCGAUAUACUUACUCCAGAAAGUAUUAAAAAUAUCAUCGAAAAUCACACAGCGUGGUUGAAUAAGACCCUAAAAGAAUCUUCGAAAGACAUAUCGGCACAGUCAACCACUUAUCUUGCUGGAAGAUGGACGAAAAUGAAACAAGCUGAAGCCAAUAUAACACAAUGGGAUACUGGCGUCGAGCUAGACUUGCUACGAUUCGUAGGAGAAAAAAGUGUUCGAGUGCCAUCGAACUUCGAUGUUCAUCCACAAUUGUUAAAGAAUCAUAUUCAGAGUCGUCUAAGAAAGAUCGAUAAUGGUAACGCUUUGGACUGGUCGACUGCCGAAGCAUUGGCCGUCGGUUCUUUAUUAUAUCAAGGAUAUAAUGUGAGAAUAAGCGGGCAGGACGUGGGCCGUGGCACUUUCUCACAGAGGCACGCAAUGCUCGUUGAUCAAUCUACAGGAGCCAUUUUUAUUCCACUGAAUUCGAUGGUUGAUGAUCAAACUGGCAAAUUAGAGGUAGCUAACAGCAUUCUAUCCGAGGAAGCUGUGCUAGGUUUCGAAUACGGUAUGAGUAUAACAUCGCCGUUCACGUUGCCUAUUUGGGAAGCACAGUUCGGGGAUUUCUUCAAUGGGGCGCAAAUAGUUAUCGAUACGUAUAUAACAAGUGGAGAGGCAAAGUGGAUGCUGAGCAGCGGCCUAACAAUGCUUUUACCACACGGGUACGAUGGUGCUGGUCCGGAGCACAGUUCAUGUAGACUCGAAAGAUUCUUACAAUUAACGGACAGUAAGGAGAACGGUGUUGAUGGCGAUGAUGUUAAUAUACAUGUUGCGAAUCCCAGUGAACCAGCACAAUAUUUCCAUUUAUUAAGAAGACAGAUGAUAAGAGAUUAUCGGAAACCUCUGAUCGUGGUAGCGCCUAAAAUUUUAUUACGUCAUCCGGCAGCAGUGUCAUCCUUAUCGGAUUUUGAACCUCGGACGAGCUUCAAAACCAUUAUCGGGGAUGAUAAAGCAGAAAAAGGCAAUGUAACUAAAAUUAUUUUAGUUAGUGGAAAACAUUAUUACGCACUUGACAACUAUCGAGAAACUUCUGGAGACAAGAAUGUAGCUAUUAUCAGAGUAGAAAAUUUAUGUCCCUUUCCUGUCCACGAGUUACUAGAGGAGAUUGCAAAAUAUAAACAUGCAAAAACCUUUAUUUGGAGUCAAGAAGAACCACGAAAUAUGGGCGCAUGGAGUUUUAUUAAACCACGUUUUGAGAACUUAUGUGGACGACAGUUGAAAUAUUGUGGUCGAGAAUCGAUGGCAGCACCAGCUGUUGGAGAUGGACAAAUGCAUCAACAAGAAGCUAACGAAGUUAUUGUUAAACCAUUUACAUUGAAAUAAAAACUAGAAAAUAUUUACUUCAAAUAUAAUAUCUCCUAACUAAAUUACAUUCAAUAAAACUAGUUAUGUCUUAGAUUAAUUUCAUUAAUUUCGUUAAUA